AUGGAAGGAAGGGAGCCGAUUACACAGAUUGUGCAGGAUGGGUCCAAGCUGGAACUCCUGCAAGCUGCUCUCAUCACUGGGUCGCACACAUGGAAGCCGACUUCUGACAUUGGUGACGGUGUGUCCACUAAUUUGCCCCAGCAGGGUUGUCCCAGUGAUCAUCUGAUUCUGACCUUGGAUCGAUUUACAAUAAACACAGAGGUUCUGAGGGAAUCACCAGAACACAGUAAAACGCCUUCUGAGGAACUGAAGCUAUGGCUGCACCAUCUCCAGCACUUUGUGGAAGAAAUAAGUCUCCUUUUCAAAGGAAGAGAAGAAGGUCUCCAGAUCGACAUCAAUACUCCAGCCAUGGACGUCAGACUGGUGGUCUUCUGUAUUCUAUUUGUUGCCGUGACCGGACAUCCACACAAGAGACGCUGUUCAAUGUCCAGAUAUAAAUCAGUAUCUUCCACUGACAUCAAGAUGAUCAAAGAACUGCAGAAUGAACAUGAGAAGGACAUUUCCACCAGUGCAAUGAAAUGCUACAGAAGAAUGAUGAGACACAAGCCGUCUGUAUGUGACCUAAAUCCCAGUGACCGUCUGAUUCUGACUUUGGAGCGAGUUACAAUAACAGCAGAGGUUCUGGCAAAUCUGGCCACAUCUGAUGUGCUUGACCCUGUAUCACAGUCACUCAUGAUGUUCCUCAAGAUCAGGGAUGAUCUUCUGAUCUGUAGGGAGUCAUCAGAAUACAGUAGCACAACUUCUGAGGAGCUGAUGCCAUGGCUUCACCAUCUCCAGCAAUUUUUGGAAGAGGCAUCUCCACAAUGUCUCCAGGACGCCGUGUUACUCAGCCUCAUCUCACUAAUGGUGGAAGAUGUUGGGUGUUGGGCUCAUGUAAAAUAA